UUCUCUGCUUCCACAUAAAACUCUGUUCUGUUUCCUCUGUCUCUCUCUCUCUUUAUUUAUACUCCACUUAAUUCAUUGCUUUUCUGUAAUUCAAUUAUCCACAGUAAAUCGUAUUCUCAUUACUGUGGAGACUUGAAUUCUCAUAAGUCCGAACCAAACCUCACUGAUUCAAACUUAUUCAUCAUAUUUCUCCAGUUUUUUAUUUACUUACAAACAAAUUCUUGGACUGAUUAAAACCAGAGAAUGUUGAGACAUAAACAUAAUACAAGUAUAGAAGGUCUGAUUCAAGGUGGAAAGAUACGUAAGCGAGGUUGUUCAUCAUCAACAUCAUCAUCAUCUUCAGUGAUACAGAAUUAUAGAUUUAAGAGAGCACUUUUAGUUGGGAAAAGAGGUAGAGGAUCAAAUACUACUCCAGUUCCAACUUGGAGGAUUGAUAAUAAUAAUAAUAAUUCAAGAUCAAGUUAUAAUCAUAGAAUUCUGACACCAAAUUCUAAUAGACAGGUUUCUGCUAGAAAACUUGUUGCUACUCUUUGGCAAAUGAAUGAAGUUCCUUCUCCUAGAAUGAAAGAGAUUUUAGAUUGUAAGAAAGAAUCAAGAAGUAGUACUAGAGAUAGAGGUGGUGGAAACAGAGUGUACUCUGUUCUUUCUGAUCCUUCUCAUAGUCCUGUUUCAGAGAGAUUGGAUCGGUCUAGAAAUGGAAGUCAUCACAGAAGAAACUCUAUUACAUCUCAGAAGCUCAGGCUUACUGAUUAUAUCAAUGGAGGUUUUGAUUCCAUUAGCAAUGCCAAUCAAGUGGAGAUUCGGCCGCCUUCACGGGGAAUGACUCCGACGGGAUCUUCAGUGGGUGUUCACAAUCAUAAGUCUCGUUUGAAGGAUGUUUCUGACGGUCUGACAAACUCGAAAGAGCUUUUAAAAGUAAUCAAUCGGUUCUGGGGUGUUGAAGAACAUCAGUCAGCAAGUAUGUCAAUCAUUUCAGCUCUAAGAGCUGAGAUUGAGAGAGCGCACGUACAGGUUAAUCAUCUGGUUCGAGAGAAUCCUUCUUCUGAUCGUAGUAAGGAAAUGGAGUGUGUAUUGAAGCGCUUUGCACAAGAGAAAGCAGCUUGGAAACGCAAUGAGCAAGAAAAGAUAGAGAUGGCUUUGAGACCGAUUAAAGGAGAUCUCGAGGGAGAGAGGAAGUUGAGGAGAAGAACUGAGAGUUUGAAUAAGAGUCUUGGUAGAGAAUUGGCUGAGACUAAAUCGGCUCUCUUGAAGGCAACUAAAGAACUUGAGACCGAGAAAAGAGCACGAGAGAUAAUGGAACAGAUAUGUGAUGAGUUGGCUAGAGGAAUUGGUGAGGAUAAAGCAAAGGUAGAAGCAUUAAAGAGAGAGUCUGCAAUGGUUCGAGAGGAGGUUGAGAAAGAGCGAGAGAUGCUUCACUUGGCGGAUACUUUGCGAGAGGAAAGAGUUCAAAUGAAGCUGUGCGAAGCCAAGUAUCAGUUCGAGGAGAAAAAUGCAGCGGUAGAUAAGUUGAAGCUUGAACUUGAAACCUUUCUUAAGACCAAAAAGUCUAAAGGUAAUAAAAACAGGUCAGGGAAAUGUGGCAGCAGAGGAGAUGUUGCAAUCUAUUUGAGUAAACCGAAUGUGUUUGAUCAGAUCCAAAGAGGAGGACAAGUAGUAGAUGAGGAAAGCAAUGACGGAGAUUUGGACUCGGGUGAAGAAGAAGGUUCGUCUGACAGUGAUCUCCGUUCCAUUGAAUUAAACAUAGAGGAUGCUAAUAACUCAGGCUAUGUGUGGAAUUUCGUUGAUGGAGCUGCUCAAGAAGAUCCAAAGAGACUUUCUGUUGACAAAGAAACCAAAGGGAGAAAAUCCACCUCAAAUAAAAUUACCAAAAGAAACUUUUCAAUCGGAAGGCGUGAUUCAGAUGGUAUAGGUUGGGAUUUCAGCACUGAAAAUUUCUCAAACUGGGGAAAGAUCUCCGAGCAUGACAAACAAGUUAAUGGACAAGAACAUUUCGAAGUCGGUACUCAGAAACAUAAAUCAAAAACAGACAAGAAUUUGUCCAGAUCAAAAACAGCACUACCCCAAGACUUCGCAAGUACAACGAAAGAAUGGGCACAACAUCGAGCUUCAUGGGAUCUUGGCAAUGCGCACUGUGAUAGUCCAAAUCCAAAUAUAGCAUGGGAAGCCAGUUUGAAGGAAAGAUUGGCUGAAAUCUUAGGGGAAAGUAGAGUUCAAGAAACCGAUGACAGUAAGAAACUAUCUGUUUCUUAAUCAACCUCUAAAGCUUGAGAGCUGUGUAGAUCAAAAGGUAAAGCUCUCAUCUUGUUCUGAGCAACGACUAUGAUGUUGCGAAUGCCAAAUUUUUUACUGUGUUUUUUCUUUUUUACCUUUAGCUGUAACCAUAUUGACAUAUAUGUGCAUUACCUCAUGCAACAAACAUAUUCAAAUCAAGAUCUUUGCUUUUUUU